GUACAUAAUACCCAAAAUUAAACCUAAAGUGGCAACACUUAAGGAUAGUUUUAUAGUUCCUCAACAGCAAAAUGUAAGUUUGUAUAUUGCACUCACAUAGGUUGCACCCCUCGCGACAACGUGUCGCCUGCUUUAUGGAAAGCUUUAGAGCUCCUGUAUGUUUCUGAUCGCCUGGUACUUGUGUGUGGGGAAAACUAUCCAGGGAAAUGGAGUAGUUAGGGAAACUAUCAAUGGGUAAAAUGAGCCUUAUUGACUUGAAAUCGGUAGUAGAAAAUCAAAUGCGGGUUGGUGGGAAUUUUAGAUAAUUAACUUGAAUGUGAUCACAAAUGAAACAAGCAAGAUCCAAAUGAUUUAUUUUAUCUCGAAAAGAAAUAAGUUUCUAAUUUUACUUACAUACUCGUAUACUUAGAUUCAAUUAAGAAAUUUAAACCCUAAUGAAAAAAAAAACAUAUUUUUCAUUUGAAUUUUAACAAAAAAUGAACUAAACUUCUUGAAUAAUUGAAACAUAAACGAUUUAAAUAAUUAAAACACAACAAUGCUCCAGAAUCGAAAAAAUCAGCGAAAACAUAGUCCAAAACAUACAGCAUCCAUUGUCUAUGCCCCAAUCAACCCUUAGUGUGCCCGACCAACUCCCAGUCUCCCGGCGGCGUUCGGGACGCGCGCUCCUCCCGACUCUGCGAGCCUGGUACUUUCGUGGCAAUUGUGUGCGUGUUUUUGUUUUGGAGUGUGUAUUUUUGAAUAAUUGGCAAAUAUUGCGAAAAGUAUUGUUUUUAUAAGCAAUCGUUAAUAGUUCCUUGAACACGUAAAGGAUUGUGGUAGACAUUUCAACAUGCCAAGAUAAGAAGCCACGAUGGAUUGGCAGUGACACUGACAAUGACAGUAGCAAGUGUUCGGACUGUAAAGACUCAGAUAUGGUGCGUGGUGGUGGUAAUAGUGAUGGUGGUGGUGGGAGUGGUGGGGUUGAACGGGGACCAUGUGUGCAUGGUGCAGCAGAAAUACAAUAUCACGAAGCGCGUGAAGUACCGCGCUCCGAUGUCCGUACGCACAUACGAGUGGUGCUUCUCCAUGCCGCCAAGAUGUUCCAAAUGGAGCACAGAGAUGCGGGAUCUUACUAGACUCGAGACGGAGGAAAGAACAGCGGAGGUGGCGGUGUGUUGCCCCGGUUACAAGAUGAAGGAUGUAUCCUGUGUGCCGGUGUGUCCACCGGGGAGGACCGGAAACGGAUGCUCUGAGGACUGUCCAAAAAACAAAUGGGGUCCUAAUUGCGUGAAGGAAUGCAAAACAUGUACAGAACAUGGCACCUGUUCUGCGGUGACAGGAGAAUGUCGGUGCCAGGAUGGAUGGCAAGGUGAGAGAUGUGAAGUGAGACAGAGCUCUCCUGCAACGAUGGAAGAACUUUCAGCUACCAAGUCACUUAACUUACCUACCUCAAGAGCUGAUCACGAAGUAACUUCUAUGACUAGUACUACUGGGACUACCACUACAAAAACACCAGUUACCACAUCAGUGAGAAUUCCAAUCACUGCAGCUUCAACGACAACAACGUUACCUACAACUUCUAAACCUACUACGACAAGUACAAUAACAACAACAACUACUACUACAAGUACUACGACUACGACUAUGAGACCUGUUGCAACAACUUUAUUGACAAGCGCUCCAACAUCAACAGUGGAAACUACUAUACAGUCGUCUAAGAUAGCUACCGUAGAAGCUAAAAUGCCAUAUGAAGAGCCAACUACAACAAUUAAAAAUACAAAUUGGAAUAACUGGACUUUGACUACACCUUGGAUUUUGUCUACCGAUAAAUCUAUACCUCCGACGAAAAUGUCGUUUACCACGGUUAGUCCAAUUUUCAUUAAACCAACUUUUUCUACAAAGAAUAUUGAAAGUACUAUAGCUUCUGUUAAAGGAACAACUACUAGAAAAUCAUUGCCUACAACCGAGCCUUUAGAAUUACCAACACAAUCUACUAAAACAUUUGAAAUGUCAACAACGACUUUGAGAACUCCUAAACCACACUUAAUAACGGAGCCUACAAUUAAAGAAGCUACAAGAAGACCAGAAACAACUAUCAAAAUUUAUCCAACAACAAUCAAGUUUAAGCCUAAAGAAAUUUGGAUAAGACCAGCGCAAAAAGGUGAAUUAUUAAUUGAAACGAAGACCAAACCAAUUUCGGAACCACCAAAGCAUAAAAAUAUAGCGAAAAAAGAAACUACACUAAACACUACACCAAGAACUAUCAUGGUUUCAAUAAUACCAACGUCUUUGUCUUAUGCUACCUUCAAAAAGAUAGCUCUGACUACCGCAUCAUACUUUACAUCUAAAAAUGUAACUGGAAAACCAACAGAAAUGUUCACAAGGUCGAUGUCAUCAACACCCGCACCUGCCAAACCAUCCAGCACAUCGAAAAACUUUCAAAAUACCACUAAACCACACUUUACAGAAGAUAAUAAUGCCACUAACAGCAUGCGCACGACCGCUAAACCUUUAACUAUCUCUUCAACUAAUCCAACAUUGAAACGGAACUAUAAAACUUCCACUAAAACUUUGGAAACAGUGACAGAGAAUAUAGUUAAAAGAAACAAUACUCCUGUCCAAGCCAAAGAUAACGUUACUAAAACAACAACAACUGCAAAACCUGAUGAAGAGUUUCAUAUUUUGACAGAACCGGAGCAUAUAACAGCUGUGAUGGAUAAACCGGAUCGAUCAUCAGUAGACUUGAUAUCGGUGAUCAGUAUAGCUGGAGGGGUGAUGAUGACUGUGAUCACCGUGGCUGUGGUGAUCGUGAUGCUGGAGAGGUGCAAGCGGCCGAGGUAUGAGGAUAAGAUGAACAGCAUCAGGAUGCAAGUGAUGAUUGAUAAUAAUGACGGACCGCCGCCAUAUGUGAGGAAUAUCUUUAAUACGCCAUUGCCUGAGCCACCAAGAACUGAAAAAUGCCAUUACCAGCCAAUUUCAACUCUGGACAGGAACUUGAAACAAUUCAUGAGGCCAGUGGUUGUUCAAACAAUUUCUCCUAUGAUGUUGGAAAACUUUAGAGGAAUUCUAGAAUGUCAUUAUGACCACUUGCCCAGAAGAAGCGUCGAGUAUCCAACGUUACAGUCGCAUUGUUCAAUGGCGCCAUCUUUGAGUGGUUGUGAUGAACUACGUCAACCGCGACCCGACUCGCUCGCUGAGUCCGCUGUAGAAGCGCUCAAAUGUGAAGCUAAGCUAGACGUUAUUGAUAACACCACAUCUGAACCCUUGUAUGCUGAAAUACCAUGUUGGAGACCACCUUCAGAACACGCAAUUGAGGUUGUCAAUUUGAACGGCGAAGCUGUGACAGAAUUAUGACUUAAAAGCUACCAAAUAUAGAUGCAAGUUUGACUACUGGCCGAUAGAUGGCGCAAAUUAUAAAACUUAAGCGUUAUCCCAAAGAUUUUAUUUUAAGACGGUUUUGAAAUAAUUAAUGUUUUAUGUGGUUGUUUUGUGAAAAUAAAUUUGUGUGUGAUUAAUAGAGUUUAAUAAUUUGAAAUUUGUUGUUUUUAAUUAAACACAUUAAUCGUAACAAAUCGCAAUAAAGUAUGCGAUAUGAAGAA